AUGCCCAUCAAGCUCACUGCCUCCAAGUGCUCUGCCGCCGGCGCCUGCGUCGACGCGUGCCCCGUCUCUGUCUUCGAGCUUCCCCAAGGCGCCAAGGUGGUCCUGACCCCGAACAUCGACGCCUGCGUCGAGUGCGGCGCCUGCGUGUCCGCCUGCCCGGAGGGAGCCCUCGAGCUCUAA